AUGCGGACUCUCAACCUCGAUUUCCCGAACACUUUUCAAGCACCUCUCCUCUUACCCAUUGACACCACCACAUCCGCCGGCAUGUUCACACAAACUCUCCGCGCUACGCGCUCCUCGAUCGCUCGUGUGGCGAGGCAGCAAGCUCCCGGCAUGGUCUCGAGACGCACCUUCAUCACUCCUACUGCCGCUCGUCAAGCGGAUCUCGUCCAAGAACUAUAUGUCAAGGAAUUGAAGGCCUAUAAGAUCCCACCAGUCAAGGCUAACGAUGCGGAUGGACACGUCCAGAAGUUCAAUGCACCAGCCCCACCCAAGUCCCCCGAGGAAGCGGACAUCGCCAACGAGUUGAAGUCAUACGAGACACAGACUGUGGAUAUUGAGGGCCAGGCUGAGGGGGGCGUUGUUGAGAAGGAGGUUGAUUGGUUCGAGCAGGAGCCAGAGGAGGAAGAGGCUCACCACUAG